AUGGCAAAGAAGAAGAAGAACCACUCUCCUUCAAAGUCACCUCAACAAUCGUCGCCACGGUCGUCGCCACAGUCGGUCCCCAAAGCCUUGCCGCGUGGAUCUGCUCUUCCGGCAGCUCCGCCAACUGUACCUGACCUGGGCGGCUCGCCGGCUCCGGAAAAUCUGAGCCCGUCGGCCCAGACAGCUGUUCCUAUUUCGCCGGCCCCUACUGCUACGAACCCUGCGUCUCAGACGGCUGCUCCUACGCCGCCUGCCCCUGCUGCUCCGAUUCCGUCGACUCAGAUGUCUGGUCCUAGUCCGCCGGUCCCUGUUGCUCUGUACCAGUCGAAUCAGACGGCUGCUCCUACUCCGCCGGCACCUGCUGCUCCGAGCACGCCAGCUCUUGGUGUUGCCAGCGACGUUGCUCUGAUUGCCCCUGCUCCGUCACUGUGUGCUGAGGAUUUCCCUCCUCUGCCAGGGACAGCCCACCUGAACCCGGCUGCUGUGGGCUCAAAGAUUGCGAACCUCCUCAGGAACCUCAGCCGGGUCACUACUCCGGUAAUAUCGGCAGACGGUAAACUGAGGGUGCGUGUGCCGAGCUCUGUACUGUUGGAGGCGUCCCAGACUUGGAAAGGACAUCUAGUUGGCCAUUUCCUUGGUGUGGCUCCGUCGGGGUCCAAAAUUUUCCAGUCCCUUAAUCCUAUUUGGGGAUGGAAAAGUAGGAUUCAUGUGCGACGGGUCAAUGACUCAACUUGCUUGUUUCACGUUGCUGAUCUCUCUACACGGGAAUGGAUCCUUGAGGUGGGAAUAUGGCGUGUGGGAGAUACCAUGUUCACAGUUGCAGAGUGGUCCCCUACGGCUUCUUUCCGGAAGACAACCUUAAAAUCUGCACCAGUUUGGGUAAGCCUCUCCGACAUCCCGGCUGAGCUGUACAGUCUUCAAGGUAUUAGUUACAUCUCCUGUGGGAUCGGUGAACCGCUGCACACGGAACGUAUGCGCCUAGACCCGUUCAAUGUGGGUCGUGCCCGGGUCAAAAUAGAGGUGCAACUUGGCUCGCCUCUUCCGGACACCAUUGAAAUAGAGGAUGACAGUGGAGGUAUUGUUGUGAUCAAAGCUUUAUAUGAUUGGUUGCCGCCUCGAUGUACUUCAUGUCACGAGUUUGGUCAUCGGGAGAUGAACUGCUUCCUCAAACAGUCUCGUAUUGUGGGGCACAAGGGCACAACCUCUAAUAGGACGACUGAUCUGGAGACUCCGAAGGUCUUGACUGAUGUUAGCCCGCCUCCACACACCCCCGCACCCCCACACUUGGCAUCAGAGGUACCACCAUCUGCAUCUGCCACUGCCUCCCCCCGGGUAUCUUUGAAAUCAAUGUUUCCAAGUAGCCACCCAUCAGUUCCACAGGAACCUCCAUUGUGGGUCGGGCAUGAUACAUCAUCUACCACGUUUAAGGAGUCGACAGAGAAUGCUAUCUCAUCUCCACAGGAUACUCACCCAUCUCUCAGCCAGCCUAAGCUCGUGUUUGAUACAAAAGAUCAGCCUAUCUGUGAGGCCCAGAGAGUUUUGAGAACCCGAAAUGCUACUGCCUCUAGAGCUCUUGAUGGGUUUACUGAGGUCCAGAAAGCCCGUAGGGGCAGGGCUAAGCACAACUAA